AUGGAGCCUCCAGCGAAGAAACCACGCAAGCUUCUUGACGAUGACAGCUCCAGCGAUUCGGGAGACGAAUCUGGCGGAGUUCCCAUCACCGAUCAGUCGGAGCCUGCCUUCAAGAUCAACGAAGAAUAUGCUCGCCGUUUUGAACACAACAAGAAAAGAGAAGAGUUGCAAAAAUUGGAGUCAAAAUUAGGAAAGACUUCAGCGCUCGGGAAACGCCAUGAUCGUGACGAAGAUGACUCCGACGAUUCGGAAGAGUCGUCGUCAGACGAAGAAGAAGACGAAGAUGGGGAAUUGGUAACGCCGGCCGUUGAUGCAGAAAUUAUGGCGACACUGAACGCAAUUCGCUCAAAAGAUCCUCGUGUCUACGACAAGAACACCAAAUUCUACACAGCCCUCGACGAAGAAGAAGAAAACGCAAACACGGGAAGUACAGAGAAAAAGCAAAAGCCCAUGACACUCCGGGACUACCAUCGGCAAAAUCUUCUUAGCGGUGCCAAUCUGGAAGAAGACGAUACCUCCGACACUCCGAAGACCUACGCUCAGGAACAAGAGGAACUAAAGAAUGCUAUUGUCAAAGAGAUGCACGCCACCGCUGAUCAAAAUGGUGAGGAUAAGGACGAGGAUGGGGGAUUCCUGAUUCCGAAAUCCACUACCAAGUCAGCCUCGGAACCCAAGGAGGAAAUUAAGCUGGACGUUGAGAAUGCGGACAAGGAUCCGGAGACCUUCCUCUCAAACUUUUUGUCUUCCAGGGCAUGGAUUCCAGCUGGUAGAUCCGAGCUGCAGCCUUUCGAGUCUGAGGAUGAGGAGGAGUUGGAGCGGGCAGAAGCCUUUGAGGAGGCAUACAACUUCCGCUUUGAAGACCCUAGCAAGCUGAACGCGACCCUGGUGACCCACGCUCGUGAUAAGACCAACCAACAGUCUGUUCGAAGAGAGGAAAAGAGUGCUAGAAAGAAGCAGCGUGAGGCUGAGCGCAAGCGAAAGGAGGAAGAGAAGAAGCAGCGGGAAGCUGAGAAAAACCGUCUUCGCAAAUUGAAGAUGGAAGAACUUCAGGAGAAGGUCAAAAAGAUCAAGGAAGUCGCUGGCUUACAAGCAUCUAAAUUUACCGAUGAGGACUGGGCACGCUUCUUGGACGAGGCUUGGGACGAUGACAAGUGGGAAGAGGAAAUGCAGAAACGGUUUGGCGAGGACUACUACGCCGAGGAAGACGCCUCUGGUACUGAUGGCGAGGGCAAGCGCAAGAAGAAACGUCCAAAGAAGCCUACAUGGGAUGAUGAUAUCGAUAUCAAAGAUCUGGUCCCUGAUUUUGAUGAGGAGGAACCCAAGCCGGCAUUGGAGGAUUCUGAUGUCGAGAUGGAGGAUGAUGCUGAAGACACGAACAAGAAGAGCAAAGCUCAAGAGAGGCGGGAUCAGAAGCGGGAAGCCCGCAAGGACCGCCUCCGCAUCGAGGAGGCAAUCGAUCGCAACCUAGAUCUCGACAUUUCUCUUCUACCUGGCGCCACCAAGAAGAACACGACUCGCUUCCGUUACCGCGAGACCUCGCCUCAAAGCUUCGGGUUGACCGCGCGGGACAUUCUUAUGGCUGAUGAUGCACAGCUGAACCAGUUUGCGGGUCUAAAGAAGCUCGCCUCCUUCCGUGACCCGGAGAAGAAACGCAGGGACCAGAAGAAACUCGGCAAGAAGGCUCGUCUGAGGCAAUGGCGCAAGGAAACCUUUGGCAAUGAGGAGGGUCCUGUCUUCAGCUUCGGCAGUGAAAAGCCUGUGGGUAAUGCGGAGCAAGCAGACGAUGGAGACAAAGUGGAUAUCCGGGAAGGGGAGCCCAGGAGGAAGAAGAGAAAGAGGUCCAAGAAGCAUUGA